AUGAGCACGUGUGCUAACAGCGACGAUCAUGAUUGGACAAUCUAUGUGAUGCGAAAUCCAUUCUUCUGGUUUGCCGUUUUCUGCGCCGUCAUCACGUUCAUCACAAUUCUCAUCAAUAUUUACAAUUAUCAAUGCCUAAAAAAGGACAUCACCAAACUAAAAAUCGCGAAUUGGGCGAUCGAGGUUCUGACGGAACGCAUUCGACUUCAAGAGCCAAACUCGAUUCUCAUCGAGGAAAUCACGCGAAAAUUGAACGCGCGCGAUGAGAACAUGUUCGGCGGCUUCACCAUCGGCGAUGAGAACAACGGCAAAAAGGCCGAAUUGAAAGAUAAGACAGCGUUGCGAGAGAUGAUCAAAGGCCAGAAGGAAGCGGAUGAAACGAAGGCUCUGAUCGACGCUAGGAUUUUGGUGAACACACCAAUGCCAAACGCGAGUUCACCGCCGCCCAACGCGGAUAGUCGAAUAAUGAAGGUCACGCGCGCGAUGAUUAAGGAAACCAAAGGGAUAUUAGCGUUGGGCAAAAGUAAAGAAUCCAUCGAAGAGGAGCCAUUGAUAUCGCAAACGCAGAACAAAAAGCAAAAUAAUUCGAUUGAUCUGAUGUCUCCACGACCUCCGACGCCGACCAAUCCGAAUCAGAGCCAAAAUAGUAGCUCAAAAAAAUAA